UUGGUUUGUAUGUUUGGCGGACUUCGUCUUCCUGGUAAAGUGAGUUGAGUGUGAGCUUUCCGACCGGUGACAGCUGCACAGCCUGGGGACUUGAUCAGCACCAGUCAUCAUGUCUCAUAGCAACGGUACCAGUCACCAUGUCAGUCAGGACGUGUGGGAGUCUCACAACAAGAUGAUGCAGGAACCACUCCGCUCCAACGACCCUGAGGUGUUCUCCAUCAUCAAGCGAGAGAAGCAUCGUCAGACCUUUGGCCUGGAGCUGAUCGCAUCAGAGAACUUCACCUCCAGAGCCGUUCUGGAAGCCCUGGGGUCCUGUAUGAACAACAAGUACUCAGAGGGGUAUCCCGGACAGCGGUACUACGGGGGAACAGAACAUGUGGAUGAGUUGGAGCGUGUGUGUCAGAGGAGAGCUCUGGAGGUCUACGGACUGGAGGCUGACAGGUGGGGGGUCAAUGUCCAGCCCUACUCAGGUUCCCCUGCUAACUUCGCUGUGUACACGGCCAUCGUUGAGCCUCAUGGGAGGAUCAUGGGCCUGGACCUCCCUGAUGGAGGUCACCUGACGCACGGUUUCAUGACGGACAAGAAGAAGAUCUCUGCCACGUCCAUCUUCUUCGAGUCCAUGCCCUACAAGGUCAAUCCAGAGACGGGGCUCAUCGACUACGACCGACUGGAGGAGAACGCUCAGCUGUUCCACCCUAGAAUGAUCAUCGCAGGUACCAGCUGUUAUUCGCGUAACCUUGACUACGCUCGGCUGCGUCGCAUCGCUGACGAGAACGGCGCUUUCCUAUUGGCCGACAUGGCGCACAUCAGCGGACUGGUGGCGGCUGGGGUCGUCCCGUCCCCGUUCGAGUACUGCGACGUGGUCUCCACGACGACGCACAAGACGCUGCGGGGCUGUCGCUCUGGAGUCAUCUUCUACAGAAAGGGAAUACGUAGUGUGGACUCUAAGGGGAAGGAGACUCUGUAUAAUCUGGAGUCUCUCAUCAACCAGGCAGUGUUCCCAGGACUACAGGGAGGACCCCACAACCACGCCAUCGCAGGUGUGGCGGUAGCCCUGAAGCAGGCUCUAACCCCAGAGUUUAAGGCAUAUCAGUACCAGGUGCUCUCUAACUGCAGAGCUAUGGCCAACGCCCUCAUCGACCUCGGGUACAAGAUCGUCACCGGGGGUUCUGAUAACCAUCUGAUCUUACUGGACCUGAGGCCUAGCGGGACGGACGGAGGACGAGCUGAGAAGGUUCUAGAAGCUGCUGCCAUCGCCUGCAACAAGAACACCUGCCCAGGUGAUAAGAGUGCAUUGCGUCCCAGCGGUCUGAGGUUCGGCUCUCCUGCUCUGACCUCCAGGGGAAUGGUUGAGGAAGACUUCAGGAAGGUCGCAGAGUUCAUCCACAGAGGUAUCCAGAUUACCCUGGACGUCCAGGCCUCUCUGCAGCCCAAGGUCACCCUGAAGGAGUUUAAGGAGGCCCUUGCAGGGGAGGCCAAGCACCAGGAACGGGUAGCAGAGCUGAGGGGCGAGGUGGAAGCUUUCGCGGGGAGGUUCCCCAUGCCUGGUCUGGAGGAACUUUAGAAGACCGGGGUCCGAUGGUUCUCACUGCUGGAUUGCCUUUUUCCCCCUCUGCUGUUGCACCCUGUUGAAUAAACUUCCCAUCUCCUUUUCUCAACGUUUUGUAGGGAAGAACAAAAAAAAAAACCCAACUCAAACUAUUCUGAUUUUUUUUUUCCCGUGAGUCCACUGUUGUUACAAUCCCAGAAUGUGUCGCAGGUCGGCUUGUCAAGAUGAAGGAAAUUCAAGAAGAGAUGUCAAUCUACCACAUCAUCAUCCUUUAUCUUGAAAACUUGACCGCUGACCUGCAAAACUGACUUCUCUGCCUUAACGGUUUGACUGACCGGUUUGUCCUCUGCCUUAACGGUUUGACUGACUGUUUCCCUUCUCUGUCUUAACGGUUUGACUGACCGGUUUGUCCUCUGCCUUAACGGUUUGACUGACUGUUUCCCUUCUCUGCCUUAACGGUUUGACUGACCGGUUUGUCCUCUGCCUUAACGGUUUGACUGACCGGUUUGUCCUCUGCCUUAACGGUUUGACUGACUGUUUCCCUUCUCUGCCUUAACGGUUUGACUGACCGGUUUGUCCUCUGCCUUAACGGUUUGACUGACCGGUUUGUCCUCUGCCUUAACGGUUUGACUGACCGGUUUGUCCUCUGCCUUAACGGUUUGACUGACUGUUUCCCUUCUCUGUCUUAACGGUUUGACUGACCGGUUUGUCCUCUGCCUUAACGGUUUGACUGACCGGGUUGUCCUCUGCCUUAACGGUUUGACUGACCGGUUUGUCCUCUGCCUUAACGGUUUGACUGACCGGUUUGUCCUCUGCCUUAACGGUUUGACUGACCGGUUUGUCCUCUGCCUUAACUGUUUGACUGACUGUUUCCCUUCUCUGUCUUAACGGUUUGACUGACCGGUUUGUCCUCUGUCUUAACGGUUUGACUGACCGGUUUGUCCUCUGCCUUAACGGUUUGAUGUAACGAAACCCAAGACAAAUAAAACUCUAAUAUGUGGAACACA